AUUCAGCUGAUUUCAAGAUUUGCUUCUAAAACUUUCUUUCUUCGAUAAAUAUUUGUGAUCACUCGUGUUAUAAUGGCGACAAGAACGAGAAUUUUCAGCUUCGUGUUCAUGAUGAUGAGCUUCACGGUUCUCUUGGGUUGCUGCUGCUCGGCUAGGAUCUACAAAGUUGGAGACUCCGAAGGAUGGACUGCUAAGGACGAUGUCUAUUACGCUUGGGCCGAGACCGACCAUAAGGAGUUCCACGUGGGAGAUUCACUGAUCUUUGAAUACGAUCCCAUCAUUAAUGACGUGACUCAAGUUUCUGGUUCUUUGGAAUACGAGUUAUGCGACUAUUCUUCUCCACAAGCCGUCUAUAACACAGGACACGAUAUCGUGACUCUCACGGAACCAGGUUUUCACUACUUCAUCACCUCAAACCAAACUCAAUGCGUACUGGGACAGAAGCUCGACGUUCUUGUCAUCCAUGACCCAUCACGUCCGGUUCCUCCACCACCACCGAGCAAGAUACUUCCUGUCGGAAAGACCUACAAGGUCGGAGACUCGGAAGGAUGGAAAGUCUAUGACAGUGACUUUUAUAACAAGUGGAGCGAGGGGAAACAAUAUCAAGUCGGAGAUACUUUGCUUUUCGAAUACGCCAACGAAGUAAACUACGUUUAUGAAAUCAUCGGUGAUCUAGAGUUCAUUACAUGCGACCCAACAUCUCCUGUAGCUGUGCACAAGACAGGACACGAUCUUGUUAGGCUGACCGAACCAGGAGUUCAUUAUUUCAUAACCUCACAGUCGGGUUAUUGUGAGGCUGGACUUAAGCUUCGAGUGGUGGUGGGGCCACUAGCCAAAGCUGUUUCUAACCCUAAUUUUCCCAAGAAAAUGGACUUGUCAGCUAUGGAGCGUCUCAACAACUGGUUACAGACUUUCAAAUCCCAUCAUUAACCCAUCUGUUAUCUUAUUUGGUUCGAGCUUUUUUAACCACUUUGGAGUUAUUGUGGUCUCUCUCUAGUCUCGUUUAGCUUCUUUAGUGCUUUGUUUCGAGAGUAUAUUACCAUUGUUGUAGAGUUUAUUUGUUUCGAGAAGUAUUCAAGAAA